CGUCGUGUUUACGGAAGUAGUUGUGUACUUGGAAGAUGGAGCAGAGACACCGGCAGAUCCUGCGGCAGAAUCGGGUGCGGCUGGUCACCUCCCUAGAGGUGAAGAGCCUCUGGGAUCCGCUGGUGGAGAAGGGGGUGUUCAGCAAUGACAUGAUCGAGGAGAUCCAGAUGGCCGGGACACGGAGGGGUCAGGCUCGGAAAUUACUGAUCGACCUAGAAACCCGCGGCAGCGACGCCUUCCACCUGUUCCUGCAGUGUCUGAGGGACUCCGGGCAGCACGACCUCGCCGACCUCCUACAGGAAACCGGGGGGUGGAGGGAGGUGAAAAAACCUGCUCCGCUCCCCCCAACACCGAUCCCCAUGAUUCCCCAGAGCAAAUGUCUUGUCGAUCAGACGCUUAAACCCCUCGACAUGCAGACGGAUUAUCCCAUGAACUUUAACCCCUGCGGCGACUGCCUGAUCAUCAAUAACAUGGAGUUCUGCGAGUCGUCCGACUUGUCCUACAGAACCGGAUCGGACAUUGACCGCGAGAAGCUGGAGAGGCGGAUGCGCUCGUAUCACUUCCAGGUGACGGUGAAGAACAACCUGAAGGCAGCGGUGAGUGCGAGCGGCCCCGUAAAAAUAAUCGCCAUUCAUCUGACCGCUCCUGUACUCCAGCAGGGAGCAGUCCAAUAAUCCGGAAUCUUCCAGAGAGGUCAUAUGGCUGACAGCUCCAGUGAUGAUGAUGGUGGUUAUUGUUAUAAAUAUGAACAUUAUUGCUAUAAUAUUCCGUUAACUCCUUCCCAGCAUCUGCUGUACAUGUACGGUGGGAGUCGGAAGGGAUUGUAUGGAGCGAGUCCAAGAUUGGGUUAAACAGCUCCCCGGCAUCUGAGCAGUUAGACAAAGAGAGGGAUCUCCUUUUGUCCUUCAGUCGCCCCCCCCAUGACAAAGUUGUGGGGU